AUGUUGGACAAGAUGAAUGACAGUGCAGCUCCCGUGCAAAUCAACGGCGAUUCUAUGGAAAAUGGUACUGAAAACGGUCACCAUUCCAAGACGAACUUGAUCAUCAACUAUCUACCGCCUACAAUGAAGGAAGGGGAACUCAGAACCCUGUUUGAAGAAUUUGGCACCGUCUCACAGUUGAAACUAGUUCGGGACAAAGUGUCUGGGAACAGCCUUGGCUACGCGUUCGUAAAUUAUGCCGACCCGGAGCACGCUUCAAAAGCGGUACGGGAGCUGAACAAGCUGCGAGUUCAGAGCAAAAACAUCAAAGUUAGCUUUGCUCGUCCGUCGUCCGACGACAUAAAAAAUGCCAAUCUGUACAUUAGUGGACUGCCAAAGACAAUGAAUGAGCAACAGCUAGAGAUGCUCUUUCAGAAAUACGGCGAGAUUAUAACAUCGAAAGUACUUAAAGACGAAAAUUCUCUGAGUCGUGGCGCUGGUUUCGUCCGCUUUGACAAGCGCUCUCAGGCACAAGCUGCGAUCGACGCUCUGAAUGGAGCACAGUUACCGGGUGAAAGUCCCACAGAAUCUUCAAAACUGACCGUAAAGUUCGCCAAUCCUCCAAGCAACAAGCCUCAGAUUCCGUUUGCUUUUCAAUCACCGCUUAGCCUAACACCUCCACAAAUUCGUGGAAAUGUAAGAUCGCCAUUCACUGCCAGCGGGGUAGGACCUCUCUAUCACCAAGGCGCGAACUUUCGCUACUCACCGCUCACGUUUUUGCAGAGCCCAAACAACAACACUUUUACGCCGAAUGCACUCGUUCCGGGUAGUUACUGUGUAUUUGUGUAUGGCUUGCCUUCGGAUAAAGACGACACAGGGACAGCUAAAAUUGAUCCAGAGAAGCUUUUGUACAAACUGUUCGCAAAAUACGGCGCGAUUUCCGAUGUGAGAGUCAAGAAGGGCCAAAACUUUGGCUUCGUUAACAUGCAAAAUUAUGAUGAUGCUCAAGCAGCAAUCGCGGGGUUGAACGGUCAACGGAUUGCCGGGCACGAGGACAAACCCCCUCUUCAAGUAUCAUUUAAGACGCCAAGCGUUAAGAAGCAAUAA